CUACGCUUAUUUGCUCGAUGAUUAUGGUAACGCGAGAUGGAAAUAAUUAAGUACGUUUCAUAGUCAUAUGUUUUCUGUCAUGAGAGAGUUGCUGUCAAAUUUCGUGUCGUUCGUGAACAUCCUGUGAGUGCGAGGCAAAAAUAAUAGACAAAGUAGCCGAGACACGACCGUGUCAAGGCUGCGCAACGUGUACAACCGUAAACCGCGUUACCGUAUCCGCAUUUACCUCGCGUUACGACGGGAAUGUAACCUAUCUCUUUUAGAACGUCCACGAAUUCACUUUUUUUAAUUGAUUAACAUACGCGGUAACGCUUUUUUUUUACCGGAACCACGGAGUUUCGUUUUGUCCUCGAGACGCGCGUUCUGUACACGCAACACGUUAACUUGACAAGAACUCAAGGUAGAAAUUGGCAAGGAUCGUUUGAAAGAGGCUGUACAGAGGUACAGCAACAGUUGAGAGCCAAGAAUUCGUUUGACCAGCACUGCGAUUAACAUGAAUAGGAUAAACAGCGCGACUGCCAGACUGAAGCAAGAUUACUUGCGCCUAAAGAAAGACCCUGUACCAUACGUUGUCGCGGAGCCAGUUCCUUCCAAUAUAUUAGAAUGGCAUUAUGUGGUCAAGGGUCCAGAGAAAACUCCUUACGAGGGGGGAUUCUAUCAUGGGAAACUUAUAUUUCCAGGAGAAUUCCCAUUCCAGCCACCUAGCAUUUACAUGACUACUCCAAAUGGCCGAUUCAAAGUCAACACAAGACUAUGCUUGUCAAUUUCCGAUUUCCAUCCAGACACGUGGAAUCCUGCGUGGAGUGUGUCCACCAUUCUCACAGGAUUACUCUCUUUCAUGAUUGAGAACAGUCCUACGAUGGGAAGCAUCAACACGUCGGAUUAUGAGAAGAAAAUAUUCGCUGCUCAGAGCCUGGAGUACAAUCUGAAGAACAAAAUGUUCUGCGAACUGUUCCCAGAAACUGUUGAGGUAAUAAAGGCCGAGUUGGCGCACAGAAAAGAACUGGAAAAACAGGCGAGGCAUCAAUCGACGGCCGCCGAGGUUUCGUCGAUGCUGCGCGACCAAUUUCAAAGGGAUCAAACCCCGUUGUACAGUGCCCUGACGAAUCUCGUUUUCAUCAUCGGAUUCGCGGCGUUCGCUUACACGGUGAAAUACGUACUAUGGAGCGUCGCCAUGGAAUAAGUGAAAAGGACUACCAAACGAAUGCACAACUGUGCGCGUUCUACUUUUAUUCGUUAGAAAGAGAGAGAAGCGAAGAAGAUUAAUGUUGUGAUAACGACGCGUGCAAGGUGUUUAGAAACUCGAUCGGGUACGAACACGUCUGAAUCUUACAAACACGCGGUACUACUUCUCCUGGUUUCCGAGUUCACACACACGAACGUUUGAUAGAUUUUUUAUAUCAAAGUUACCUAUAAAACACGAGUUGUACUAUACGUAUAUAUGUAUAUAUACACAGACACACACAUUCGAAAAUUUUCAACGCGUUCACAACUCCGAGGAGUUCUAUCCACGAACGAACGAAGUAUAUCGUUUAUUUCCUUCUUUUGAAGAAAACAAUCGAUCUUUUUGAAUGGUUUACGACGCUGUUGAUUGAUUUUUUCGAUUGACCUCGGUCGAGUUCCGUUAUGCGAUUUUUCCAAAGUAUGUAGUUCGACAGGGUGGACUAUAAUUAUAUUUAACGACUAUUUGUAGAAUAACUGAGAGAAAGUGCGGGAGAGAAAGAGAGAGAGUGAGUGGAACAAGUAGAGUAAUUAAAAGAAACAAUAAAAAAUCGUAGGGGCUUCCCAUCGGUGAAAGCGACGAGCGCGAACCUACGGCUUUCGUGUUACGAUAAUUUAAUUAUUUUUUUUCUCGCGUCGUCGGACUUUGAUCAGGAAAGAGUAAAACUUCCCGAAGUGUAGCCUGCCUCUGCGAUGUGCCAAUGAAAAACCAAGUCGAAAUUUUUAACGCGGGUCGGACUAAGCUUGGUAGGACGAAAUUCGUGACGAUUUGUAAAUACGUGUAGCGAAUUAUUAAUACGUAUGUAAUAUCAGUGAAUAACAUAAAAAAAGACAAAAAAAAAUAAUGCUUACAGAUCGGUGUCAGUAUUCGUUGUUCUGGAUCGUUCGAAAUGUUCACUCUUCUGGAUGUCGAUCACUUAGCUGGGCACGUACAUCAAUCGGUCGCAAUAAAAGAAGAGCAAGAAACGAAAUUGUAACUCGCGAUGCGAGAAAUUUAACGUGUACAGACGUCAGUGUUAACGAGUACAGAACUGAUGUAUAAUCGGUUUUAUGUUAACGAUUAACCGCGUCGGUUUUUAUUUAUUAAUUAAAAGUAAUACCAUUUUUGUAUGCAAAGCAAA